UGAAGUCUGUCCGUUGGCGUGUUGACACUGUUUAGACGCUGCGCGUGAGUGCCAUUUUGGAUUGUGUUGUCUCAUUAGGCCAAACGUGCUGUGUGUCGAUGUGGAACUGGCGCUCUAAUGCACUGCCAAUGUUGACAGUUAAUUAAAUUAGUAGUGUAAUUAGGCAUGUGACACAGUGCGUUGGUGUUUGUUGAGGAAAACCGUCAUAUUUUAGCAUAUUUUACCAUCACCCGACCACGGCUCUGUGACGCCUAUGGAAUUUUUCCUCUCUCGUCAUUUUAAAUUCAUCAUACAUAAAUACAACAAUAUAUUUUGCUAAAUUGAAUGCACGCAACGGAGAGAGAGGAAACAUAAGGAGAAUGAAAAUCACAGUGAGAUAACAAGAAAUCGCAUAAAUUAAGUGAAGAUGUGUCACUGGCGUUGAUGAGAGAAAGAGAGGGCAGAGUUAAUACAAUUUUAUGCUAAUAACUCUGUGUAUUGGGGAAGCAGCGGAGAGAGAGAAAAUUCUUCAGAGACAAUUUAUCAAGAUAAAAGCUGAAAGAUUCGAGUGAUGGAGUGAAGGAGCGCAGAAAAACGCCAAGGAAAUCGACAGCGAUAUCGAUCGGCAGCUCGUUGAAUUGAAGUGUUUGAUGUUGUCCGUUUGAGCUCAACAACACUGCUGGAGAUAAUGUGAUAAAUGGUCUCACAUUCUAGAUUGUGAUGUUCCUCCACUUUAUUUCCACUGGCGUAUAAACACAUAAUUAUUUCACUGCAAGAGGAAUAAAACACCGCUGCUCAACUUCUCGAGUUGUGCUGUUAUAUGCGAAAAAGAGUGUAUUUUUGACUCAAUGAACUCGGACUUUUUGUGUUUGUGUGUGUGUGUGUGUCGGUGCCAUAAAUAUAAACAGAUCGUGAAAUUUCACAAAUUGCACUAAUAAAACAGAAACAACAGUGUGUGGUGUUGUAUAUCGAGUGGAAAAAAGUCUUACAAGUUAUAGCGGAAAAAAUUACAUAAUUAAUAACAAUCACGAUCAAUUAACCACUAUAAUUGUGAUGUCUGCGGCCAAUCAGCGUGCUGCCACACCAACUCAUUGCAAGAAUCACCAGAAGUGGCCUCGCCAGACUGCCAUUAGACGCCACGUGCUCUAGCGGACACGGGUGUUGAUUCAACUACGGAUUGUGGAUGUUUUAAGUGCCACUUUGGCCGCAGUGUAGCCACAGAGGCGGAAAAGUUGUUCGAAGAGUGUGUGAGGAUUUGCACUCGAUCAUCAAACUUUCUAAGGAUUAAAUAUGUAUCCAAGUGCAGGAAUUAACGCGGCUGCUGCUCGUCAUCCGGGACCGCCGCAGCCAGGACAACCCUUCAAGUUCACCGUGGUGGAGAGUUGCGACCGGAUCAAGGAGGAGUUUAACUUUCUGCAGGCUCAGUAUCACAAUUUGAAGAUGGAAUGCGAGAAAUUGGCGCAGGAAAAGACGGAAAUGCAGAGACACUAUGUGAUGUACUAUGAAAUGUCAUAUGGAUUGAAUGUGGAGAUGCACAAGCAGACGGAGAUCUCGAAGCGCCUCAACGCCAUCAUCGCCCAAAUCGUACCUUUCCUGUCGCAGGAGCAUCAGCAGCAAGUUGCCACGGCGGUGGAUCGCGCCAAACAGAUCACGAUGACAGAACUGAACGCUGUGAUCGGGCAGCAGCGGCCGGACUUGCCGCGACUGCUGCAGCAGAUGCACGCCCAGCAGUUGCCGGCGCACGCCGGUGCGCCACCGAUGCCCAUCGGGAUGCCGCACCCGAGCAUAGCGCCGGGCGCCCUCGGAGGGCCGCUUGGGCUGUCCAAUGCGCCCGGGCAGCACCCGCUGGCCAUCCUCAACAAACAGGAGAUCCACCGGCCCGAAGAGUCGAAGAGCAGCAGCGGCCUCAGUGUCCCUGAGGAUCGCCAUAGAAACUCAAUUUCGCCGACUGAGCGGGAAAAGUACCCGCCGCGAUCGCCUGAGCUGAAGAAGGUGAAAAAGGAGGAGAAGGAUUUGGGCCAUCAAUCCGACGGGGAGAAGUCCGAUCAGGAUCUCGUGGUUGAUGACGCCUCGGAGUCGAAUCCCAUGUCGCCGGUGCCGAAUCAGCAUCACAGCAACGGAACGGCUUCGCCCCGCGAGAAUGGACUGAUGGUGAAGAAGCUGGAUCACCAGGAUCGCGAUCGCGUGGGGCCGCAUUCGCCGCGAUCCGGCACCUCGUCGAACGCGUCCACGCCGUCAAACAAGAAGCUGGAGGACAAGCCCUCGACGCCUAUCUCAAAGUCCGUCACGCCCACCAACUCUAGCGCUAACGGCCACGCUGGCGCUCCGCCGGGUGGCGUGGUGAAGGCCGUGGCGAAGCCGCCCGUGCUGAAUCCGGGCUAUCCGCACUAUCUGGGGCCCCUGAAUGGCGCCGCGCCGCACGAGCUGCAAGCGGCGUACGGGGCGCCUGGGGUGCACAACAAUCUCCCGCCGGCCAUCAAUAACUAUCCACGCGCGCCGCUGCAGGUGGGCUUCGAUCCGCAUCCGCAGAUGAGGGCGCCUUUGGGACCCGCUCUGGGCGCCAUUCCUGGCGGAAAACCGGCCUACUCCUUUCACGUGAGCGCCGACGGCCAGAUGCAGCCCGUGCCCUUUCCUCCGGACGCCCUGAUCGGACCCGGAAUCCCGCGGCACGCGCGUCAAAUCAAUACUCUAUCUCACGGCGAGGUUGUGUGCGCCGUGACGAUAUCCAAUCCCACCAAGUACGUCUACACGGGCGGCAAGGGGUGCGUGAAGGCCUGGGACAUCUCGCAGCCGAGCAACAAGAAUCCCGUGUCGCAGCUGGACUGCCUGCAGCGCGACAACUACAUCCGCUCCGUGAAGCUGCUGCCGGACGGUCGGACACUGAUCGUGGGCGGCGAGGCGUCCAACCUCUCGAUCUGGGAUCUGGCUAGUCCCACGCCGCGCAUCAAGGCUGAGCUCACGUCCAGCGCGCCCGCGUGCUACGCCCUCGCGAUCUCGCCAGACUCCAAGGUCUGCUUCUCGUGCUGCUCCGACGGCAACAUUGCGGUGUGGGAUCUGCAGAAUCAGACGCUGGUCAGGCAGUUCCAGGGCCACACGGACGGCGCCUCCUGCAUCGACAUCAGCGCCGACGGCACAAAGCUGUGGACUGGCGGCCUGGACAACACAGUGCGCUCCUGGGACUUGCGGGAGGGCAGACAACUGCAGCAGCACGACUUCAGUUCGCAGAUCUUCUCUCUGGGCUACUGCCCGACCGGCGAGUGGCUGGCGGUUGGCAUGGAGAACUCCAACGUCGAGGUUCUGCACGCCACGAAGCCGGACAAGUAUCAGCUGCACUUGCACGAGAGUUGCGUGCUAAGCCUGCGUUUCGCCGCGUGCGGCAAGUGGUUCGUGUCGACAGGAAAGGAUAAUCUGCUGAACGCCUGGAGGACGCCCUACGGAGCGUCGAUCUUCCAAUCGAAGGAAUCGUCAUCAGUGCUGAGCUGCGACAUCUCCGCAGAUGAUAAGUACAUUGUCACGGGAUCGGGUGACAAGAAGGCCACGGUGUACGAGGUGAUCUACUGAAGGAAUGGAUAUUGCAUUCCUCAAGCUACGAGGAAGGACACUUCUUUCAAGUUAAUGUAAAAGAGAAACGCUUAAUGAUGUAUAAUUUGUUUAUGUGUAAUGAAGAGACGUGAAAUUUAGUGCGAGGCAUCAGCAAAAAUUGGCACUGUAGCGAAGAAAAAGUGGAGAUAGUAUCAGAAUGCCCUUGAUAUAAGUGUCUAAGUAAGUGUUUUUAAGGAAUAUAGAGACUAAUAUGGAAUUAACAAA